CUCCGGUAGGGAUGAAAGAGCUCUCUCCAAAACAACAGAAAAGUCUGGAAGAUGACGGUCCACCCGAUUCUACAGCUGACGGUGAAAACCACUUUGCAAAGGCAGAACCCAAGGAGAGAGCCUCAAAGAGACUUUGUGUGAAACUAAUCAAACUUUUGCUCUCCCCCUGUGUUGCUUUGCUCCUCAUGGCUCUCAUCAUGGGGGUGCUCUAUCUUUUACAUGAAAAAUGUCAAAAGGAUUUACUGUCUGGUGUUGGAAAUAAUACUGCUGAUAUCGAUGGACAAUCCAUACAGUUACAGAAGGAACUUGAUGAUGCACGGAAAGAAUUUAGGACACUUUUGAAGGAACUGGAGGAGGCCAAGAGGAAACUGGAAAACUUACUGAAAGAUCGCACAUCUCUGUCUGACGAAAAUACAGAACUGCAGAAGCAACUUGAUCAGAUGAAGUUAAACUGGAAGGAUCUUCAUACUGAAUAUACUAAUCUCUUCAGACAAAAGACUGACUUCCAGAUUGAGCUUCUCUUGACCAAGAACAAAUGUGAAGAAUUAAUGAGUGACCACAUCUCUCUGUCUGGAGAAAAGAAAGUCCUGCAGAAUCAACUCGAUCAGAUUCGAAUGGACUGGGAGGACUUGAAGAGUGAAUACACAUCUGUCUCUCACGAAAAGACAAACAUCCAGGUUGAGCUCCAUCAGGCUGAGAAGGAGCUGGAAGACUUGAAGAGUAAACAUGAAACUCUCUCUGAAGAAAAGACAGAACUUGAGCAUCAGUUAAAUUUAACCCAGUCAAACUGGGAGGAUGUACAAAACCUAUACUCGGCUCUCCAGAAAGAGAAGUCCAAAAUCCAGACAGAACUUCACGUUCUACAGGUUGAAAAGAACAAAAGCUGUGCAGAUGGCUGGGAGUACUUCAGUGGGAAGUGCUACUUCUUCUCCUAUGAUUGGCUGAACUGGACUCAGAGCAGGGAUGCAUGUGUGUCUUUGGGAGGACACCUGGUCAUCAUAGAGACCGAGGAGGAACAGGUGUUCUUGAGUAAGGCUGGUGGAGGUUACUGGAUUGGCCUGAGUUACUCUUUAAAAGAGGGUGAUUGGCGCUGGAUGGACAACACAGCCCUCAGAACCCCAAAAUUCUGGGAAGAGAGUCAGCCAGAGGAUGAUGAAGAUUCUGAUGACAAAUUGAAUGAGGAAGAGGACUGUGUUAUCAUGACGUGGACCAAUAAAAACUGGGAUGAUGUCUUGUGUAAAGAACAGUAUAAAAGAGUCUGUGAAAGCAAAGCAGCAGACUGAUUGUAUGAGCAGAUCACUCAGUGACUAUGGACGAUAGGAAUGUGUAUUACACAGAAUUAUGGGUCAUCGUGAAUGUUAAAGGGCAGAGGGCAGAGAGCAACAUGAGUUGGGGUUUUGAUGCAUUCUGGUGUUAUCCACUGUCAUUCUAUUUAUCCACUGUCACUUGUACAAAAAGUAAUUCAUUUCCUACCUCUGGUAACCUGUACAUCAUUUUUAUAUGUUCAAGCUUUUGUAAAUAAUACUGAAGAGUUCUCACCAAAGUAAACUGAUUUCACUCAUCACAAAAAAGACAUUGAGUGCUCAAAUAGCCACUCUGUUGCCUUACAAUUAUUUAUUUAUCCAGAGUACAGCCAUUAUAAGAAAAGACCAAAGGUUCACCAUUUAGCUGCAUAAUAUACUGUAACGAUUUGAUAGUGACACACAGUUGUCCAAUCAAAGGUUUAUUCGCAGAAGCGGGAAUCACACACAUAUCAAGACCAAGACACCAUUACAUAGGAAACACAAGGGAAGUCAAGAAAACAAGCACGAUACACAAGCAGGGUAGUCACAUUCAAUACACCGCGUAAAUCACAUAAGGUACAACAUAAAGAAAGACUACACAAGCUAACACAUAUGUACAUGACAAGGUAAACGCAAUUACACUCACUAAAACCACAUUACACAAACCAGCAUUCACACAAAUUGCAUUCUGGGAGGCUAGCACUCAGUCCAAAAGACACCGACGUUACAAUACUUUCUAAAAGUAUCUGACUGAAAGUAUCUGACUGAAAGUGCAACAAAAAAUAUCCUGCUUGUGGUUGUUUGAUUGUUGUACAAUGUACAGUAUGUGGUCAACUAAACAGUUGCUGAUGGUGAGAUGUACUUCAGAGGGAAAUACUUUGUGCUUGUAAUUAAAAAAAAGAAAUGUAAAUGUAAUUUUGCAAAACAGAAAAAGAAAACAACAAUGUAAAUGUAUUACUG